CAUUGUGAAAUCCCUAGGUUCUUCUUUCCCAUCCUAGAGCCAAUUAUAAAGAUUGCUGCAGGCUUGACCCACCCUGACCAGACAGUAUAAACUCGGGGCAGAUGCCCUGGAGAAAUCAGUCGGACGUUCCAGGCACCCCGGAUUGCAGGAAGUCUAAAUGAAGGUGUCCUAUAGACUGUUGGCGAUAAAGUAGCAUGUUCAGCUGGGGCUUAAGAGACUUUAGACCAAGAAGAUCACUGCAGCUGUGGAAAUGGAUGAAUGGCAACUCGAUGGGCAAGGACCAGUCACCCACAAUUGCAGGAAUGUGCUCCCUCCCCAUGGCAAGAUACUACACAAUUAAGGAUGCAGAUCAGAAGGCACUAUACUCAAGAGGCGACCGGCUCCUGGUGGGAGAUCCCAAUGUGGACAACGGCUGCGCAGAGAAGAUCUGCAUACUUCCCAACAGAGGCCUGGACCGCACCAAAGUCCCCAUCUUCCUGGGGAUCCAGGGAGGCAGUCGCUGCCUAGCCUGUGUGGAGACAGGAGAGGGGCCUACCCUGCAGCUGGAGAGUUUUGAAGCUGUCACUGGGUGGACUUCAGAGUCCCAGAGGGAAUUUGACUUCAUGACUCAGACCUCCAACUUCAGGUAUGACAUGACCCCAGGAAUGUUGGGAAACUCAGAGUCUGAAACACAACUAACACACUGAGGCCCCUAAGACUUCAGAUUUAUCCAAUUCAAAAUUUUAAAUAACUAUGUUUGAAAUAUUUAAAGCAAAAAAAAAAAUUAAAAGAAACCUGAAUCAAUAUUGAGCAAGAGAAAAAAAAAUAACAAAUGACCUGGCAGUUUGGAGAAACUUUAGAGUUUGUAGAAAUCGUCAUUCUCUUCAAAGUGCUGAGAGAAAAUUAACUGUUAAUACAGAAUCGUAUACCUGUUAAAACUACCUAUCAAGAAAAAGUACGCAAUAAAGAUAUUUACAGGUAAAUAAUAAAUGAGUUUACCACCAACAAGCCUUCAUUAAAAGAAUAAAGAGUGUUUUAAAAAGAAGGAAAAUGAUUACAGAAAGAAGGUGUAUUCGUUUUUUAUUAGCUGCUGUAACAAAUUACCACUAAUGUAACGGCUGAGAACACCACAAAGUUAUCUCCCAUUUCUUCAGCUCAGAUUUCUGACAAGUCUCAUUGGGUUAGAAUCAAGGUGUCAGUCAACAGGGCUGCUGGAGGUUCUAGGAGACA